UCCACAUGGAAUGAGUUGCAUCGGUACCUGAUUCCAUUAUCGAUGUUGAAUAGCUUCCUUUCAUGCGCUCACUGAAUCAAACCACCACCACGGUUGGACUAGUUCUUUUUCUGACCGUCGCGUUCUUUCCCACGCUUUUCAAUUACAUCUUUUGCACCCUGCCAUUAGCACUCCUCACCGGAAACCUCUCGCGUUUGACGGUGUCGUCAUCGGCUAAUCGCCCGUCUUCCUACACGUCCCACCCGUCCGCCAAAAUGAGCUGGUUCCAGAAGCAAUUCACCCUACCCGCCAAGUCUCGAGGCUCGUAUCUGAUUACUGACACGGUGGUGAAGGAGAUCCCCGAGAUCAAGAACUACAAAGUUGGCUUGCUCAACUUGUUUGUCCAGCACACAAGUUGUGCGCUUUCUCUGAACGAAAACUGGGAUGAAGACGUGAGGGAGGAUAUGAGCAAUGCUCUCGAUCGCAUUGCGCCUGCGGCUGGCCCAAAGGGAGAAUCUUUGUACCUGCACAGCGCUGAGGGUCCCGAUGAUAUGCCGGCUCACAUCAAAUCAGCACUGGUUGGGGCCUCUGUUACGAUACCAAUCUCGAACGGCAAGCUCGCAACGGGAACCUGGCAAGGAAUCUGGUAUCUCGAAUUCAGAGCUUCCAAGCAUCAACGCAAGAUCGUUGCCACAAUCCAAGGCGAGAAGAUGUAAUUCGUCAGCAUGGCUUCAAUUGACUGUCGGGAACCUGCAUAUUUCGAUUCUGUUGCCCACAUUCCGCGAUGCUCGUGAUUUGUGGCCGCAGUGUAUCAGACCUUUUGUUUUCUGCACAUCGGACGAAUCAAGCCAAGGUGCCCCGGUUCCCAUAACUCCCAACGCCUCUCCAGUUCCAGGUGUGUUGAACGGGUGAUUUUGCUCUAACAAGAAAAAAAAAGGUAACAUAGACAGACUCUCAUCCUUUUUAGACCCUGCUAUAUGUUGCGACUCCUAUUAUUACGCGACGAACUCUUUAAUGUGCGCCGUUCUCCUGCUUCAUAUCCACGUCAUCGCCGCCAGCGAGGACUUUGGUUUUUGGUACGUGGUCGCCUUCGCCAGGGCCGCUGCCUGGUGUCUGCGCUACCACGUUCCCUUGUUCGUCAACAAACUCGAAGUUGUACUUGCUGAGUAGGUGAGGAAUGGCGGAUAGCUGAGGGCCAUAGCGAGCAGAGUUGUCGUAAAGCUCGAAUAGAGGAACGGCGAGCAGCUUCAUGUUCUUGGGGACGCUCAGGACCUCUAUGGUUGAGAGAGAGAAACAGGGCUGUUAGCAUAAUCAAAUAUCCAUGAUGGCUCUCUCGGACGUCAGUGCACGUACUGGAGUUUGGUAGCUGGAUGAAGUAGAGCUUCUUGCACUCCUUGGGCCGCGUAACGU